UCAUAGUUCGCAUUACUGGAGGGAAUUAUAAGGAUCUCUGUAGGAGGCACAUGAGGUCGCUCACAGUUGACUAGAAGUGGUUCCUCGCCUGCAGAAAAACACUGGAAGAAGGAGAAACACGUGAAAGUUUACACGUUAAAAUAACUACAAAUAACAACAAUGCACUUCUACAUAAAACCCAUGCUGCGCCUGAAUCGCUGCGCUUUUCUUCAGCGCAAGAGGACACUCGGGAGGAAGCUGUGGACCGUUUCAGCUACACAACUACAUGGCGUAAAAGCAGCCGGAUCGCCUACAUCUGCAGACCUCAGGAAGUAUUUAGCCCUGCAGUGCUGCAGAAACUAUGCAUCCGACACGGCGUACAGCCGAGCCUUCGCCACAGCGAGGGACAACCCCGAGGCAUUCUGGGGUGAGGCGGGACAGGCUAUAAACUGGUUUAAACCGUGGAGUAAAACUUUGCACGUUGAGGACCCAGUGUUUCCAAACUGGUUUGUUGGUGGGAAGUUGAACAUGUGCUACAAUGCUGUGGAUCGUCAUGUAGAGAGUGGCCGCGGAGAGCAGCCUGCCAUAAUUUAUGACAGUCCAGUGACUGGAACUAAACAGAUCAUCACUUUCAGGGAACUUCAGGACCAGGUGUCCAGGUUAGCAGGAGUCUUCGUGAAGAAUGGGGUACGGAAAGGAGAUCUGGUAGUCAUCUACAUGCCCAUGGUGCCGCAGGCCAUGUUCACCAUGUUGGCCUGUGCACGGAUCGGUGCCCCACACAGCCUCAUCUUUGGCGGCUUCGCUUCCAAAGAGCUUUCUGUCCGCAUCAAUCAUGCCAAGCCCAAGCUGAUGGUUACAGCCUCAUUUGGCAUCGAGCCAGGCAGAAGAGUAGAGUACAUCCCUCUGGUGGAGAAGGCCUUGGAGCUGAACUUUCACAGACCCUCUAAAGUCCUCAUCUACAACAGGCCUAACAUGGAGAAAGUAUCAAUGAGUCCGGAGUUGAGUCUGGACUGGGAGGAAGAGAUGGCCACAGCUCAGCCGCAUGACUGUGUUUCUGUUCCAUCCAACCACCCUCUCUACAUCCUCUAUACAUCUGGGACCACUGGAACACCAAAGGGUGUUGUGCGAGACACUGCAGGAUAUGCUGUGAUGCUGAAUUGGACCAUGUCAAAUAUUUAUGGACUCAGUCCUGGAGAUGUUUGGUGGGCAGCGUCAGACCUGGGCUGGGUAGUCGGCCAUUCAUAUAUGUGCUAUGGUCCUCUGCUCCAUGGUAAUAGCACAAUUCUCUAUGAGGGUAAGCCUGUGGGGACUCCAGACCCUGGGGCGUUCUUCCGUGUCCUGUCUGAAAACAGAGCCUCCUCCAUGUUCACAGCACCCACUGCCAUCCGAGCCAUUCGCCAGCAGGACCCCUAUGCUGAAAUUGGGAAAAAAUACCCCCUGUCCAGGUUGCGGUCAUUAUUCCUGGCAGGAGAGCGUUGUGAUGUGGAGACGCUGGAAUGGGCAAAGAGGAGCUUUGGGGUUCCUGUCCUGGAUCACUGGUGGCAGACUGAAACUGGUUCAGCCAUCACCUCCUCAUGUAUUGGCCUGGGGAACUCACUCACGCCACCCGCAGGUCAAGCUGGCAAACCUGUUCCAGGUUACAAUGUCACAGUGAUCGAUGAUGACAUGCAGGAGGUGAAGCCAAGAACCCUGGGAAAUAUUGUGGUGAGACUACCUUUACCACCUGGUGCAGCAUUGUCACUGUGGCAGAACCACAAUCUGUUCAAGGAGCUCUACUUCACUAAAUUCUCAGGUUACUAUGACACCAUGGAUGCGGGUUUUGUGGAUGAGGAGGGUUUCAUAUAUAUCAUGUCCCGGUCUGAUGAUGUCAUCAACGUGGCAGGCCACAGGCUGUCUGCUGGAGCAUUGGAGGAGUCAGUACUGCAGCACCCUGCAGUGGGAGACUGUGCUGUGGUGGGUCUAGAGGACACUCUGAAGGGUGUUGUUCCCUUGGCCCUGUGUGUACUCAAAAAUGGUGUGCAGAAAAAUGAAGAGGAGAUCAUAAAUGAGAUGGUGAAGCUUGUGAGAAACACCAUUGGACCAGUGGCUGCGUUUAGGAAAGUGCUUUUUGUCCGAGGAUUGCCGAAGACGCGCUCUGGCAAGAUCCCUCGCUCCUCUUUAGCCAACCUGGUCAACGGCAAGCCCUACAAGAUCACUCCAACCAUCGAGGACCCAGAAGUGUUCAAAGACAUCGAGAGGCAGGUAGAAAAAGCCCUGAGACCUUGUGGAGCCUGAACUCAUCUGUUGGAUGACAUUGAAAACUGAGGUUGGAUACAUUUUGGCAAUACAAGCUGUGCACUGCAAAUGUGAACAGUAAAAUUAAUGAAUAUUCUUCUAAGUCAAGCUGUAAGUACACAUUGACAUCAGUAUUUACCUCCUCUUUGUAAUCUGAAUAAUAAUGUGAAACCAUACUUCACUACAAGCUCUGCACAUUUAAAUUAUGAAUGAAGGCCACUCAUUUACUGACAGUUUUUUUUUAUUGACAAUGAAAAUUUGCUUGCUCACCACUUUGACCAAAGUACAAGAAUAAAAAAAAAAAGACAAAAUAAAAUGAUUCAUUGUUCGUGCAAAUUGAAGAUGUAAAACAAAUUAAAAGCGUAAGACUUGUUUGAGUCGUCCAUCAGAAAUAACUAAAAGACAGAUAACAGGGCUGUACAACAGGUUACCCUGGAAACUGACAGAAACAAGGAGUUAACAGUUACACAAUGUAAGUCACAGCAAGCAACAGGUUUUUGUCAUUAAAAGUCACCUCACUUCAACAUGGUCAUAUACACUCUACACACACUGAGCUAAAGCAGUCUGUCUUUCAGUUAUUUCCUGUGUUCUGUUAACGUAGUGUCUGAGGGGUGGGGUAGAAGGCCAGCUCGGCUGUGUGUGUGCGUGUGUGUAGUUGUCCUUUGUAAUAAUGUAUCGCCUGACAAAACAUACAGUACAACAAGUAACAGGUUCUAUGAAUGACGUCCUGCUUUUUUGUUCUGAGAAGUUUUGUACAACUUCGGAGAGCAAUGGCGUCUCGUUUUGUCCUUGGCUACUGAAUAGUCCGUUGAGUUGAUGCGGUUGUAUCAAAGUGCUUGUCAUGUCGUUCAAGUGCGUCAACAUGUCCUCUUAAAACACUCCUAUUAUGACAGCGAGUCCAUAAGAAAGGAUAAUGAAGUUUGUUGGUGCCAGAAGAGUGGUUUUUGUACACCACUAGAGGGCAGGCUUUCACACAACAUCCAGUCUCUUCCCCUCUCUGUGGUGCAGCACAAGUUCAUCAUCAUCAUCAUCAGCACAAUGAAAAAAUAAAACCAUAUGUACAAAAUGAUCUAGAGGGGCGGGAUAAUAUGGAGACAGUUUAAAGAGCAGCAUAUAUUAAUCUAUGGUCCACUAAAUGAGGUGGCAGGGACAUUUUUUUGCACAAACUCUGAAUAUCUUUAUACAUAGGUGUGUGUGUAUAUAUA